UUGAUCACGUCACAUCGAAAUCGAUGAACUGAACUUCGUUUUGUUUUUUCUUCUCUUCUUGUGGGUUUAAGCGAUAUAAAUUCCGUCGUUUUCAGAAAGUAGUAGCGUUUUUAUUAAAUUUUCAGCGAAAAAAAGAAAGAGAGAGAGAGAGAGAAUAAAAACAAGAAAGAAAUGUAUGUGUUGCUUUUUAAAUUGUGUACUCGAUUGAAUGAUGCAAAUACCGAACAUCGAUUUUAAAUAGUGCGCGAAAGACAGGAAAAAUCUAAAUAUAUCAAUCAAGGAUACAACGAACUUGAAAAUCCGAUUACUAUAAAUGAACUAUAUACAUUCAGUAUGUGAUUAGCAAUCGAGUCAAUAAAAUUGAACAAUGUGUAUGUAAAACGACCGAAAGACCCGCCAACAAGAAGCCGUUUCAUUGCUACGAACAAUAGAAAAUAAAAUAAAUUGGCAAACAAAAAAGAAUUAUCGAAAAGUUAUCAGUUACGGUUGUGAGAUAGACAAAAGUGUGUUUUUUUAAAGCAGAGUGUAGGAGAGAAAGAGGAAAAAAGCGGGCAUUUAACAAAAAUUCGAUGAUCGAAAAAUUCAACAAUAUUGUCAAAAAAAUCCGUUCACUGGAGUAAAAAAAACGUUCGAAGUAAUUCUACGGCAAAGUGUCUUAAUAAAAACCAUUAACAGCGACAAAGUCGAAAAAUAUUCAUUGAAGUAACAAAAAAAAAAACUGUUCACUAUUAACUUUUUUCUCGGUUUCUUGUGCUACACAGUAGAGCCUUGAGUGAAUUAAAUAAGAACAAGGGAAAAAAGUAUUUUAUUUGCCAGUGACAAUAACUUUACUUGUUCAGCAAAAAAAUCAGCGAAAAAGUGCCAGUUAAAUCGAGAAAAAAAAAGACUAACUUGAAUUGUGAGUCGAAAAUAUCUUGAUUUGAAGUCACAGUGUGUGAGUGAAUGCAAUAAAACUAAAAUCCAACCAUCGAAAAAAAACAUAAAUUGCCAGUUUUGAGUUGCGACACCGAAUAUAUUUGGUAUUUAUUUGAUGGAAAGUAAAUGUUGAUUUUAUUAAUCGGUGAAGUGAUAUCGCAAUGGCAGUAUCCUGCCCAGAAGUAAUGUACGGAGCAUAUUAUCCAUAUUUAUAUGGUCGUGCUGGCCCGAGUAGAUCAUUUUAUCAAUAUGAAAGGUUCAACCAAGAUUUGUAUUCGACAUCAGGAGUGCCGCUCACAUCAUCUAGUGCAUCCGUUAGUUCCCAUUCACCAUGUAGCCCAAUUUUACCACAAUCGGUAGCAUUAAAUGCUACACAAACCGGCGGUUCAACGACAAUACCAACCAUACCGUUAGGUUCGUUGCAUCGAUCGAUAGCCAAAGAAGAGGAUUUAAGUAGUGUAACUAGGCAAAGUGAUAACGACGGAACGAAUUCAGGUGUACAUAAUGAUAGUUCGUGUUCAUCAGGUCCAGAUUCACCGCACACAUCGAAAGAUCUGCAUCUAGACGGUUCGGGUACACCAACGCGUGCUCAAUACUUAUCAGCAUCGUGUGUUGUAUUCACACAUUAUUCAGGUGAUACGGCUACGGUGGUCGAUGAACAUUUUUCGCGAGCAUUAAAUUUUAGCAAUAAGGAUAGUAAAGAUGGAUGUAGUUCAUUAGCGAAUAGAAAUUUACCAGCCUCCUUUUGGAAUAGCAAUUAUAUACCACCUGUACCAGCUCCAACUCAUCACCAAGUUCCCGAUUUGUAUUCAACCGAUGGUAGCUACACAACUGAUCCAUGGGUACCACAUGCCGCACAUUACGGUUCGUACGCUCAUGCAGCUCAUGCACAUGCAGCCCAAGCCCAUGCCCAUCAUUAUAAUAUGGCACAAUAUGGUAGCUUACUUCGAUUGCCCCAACAUUAUGGUCACAGUUCUAGACUUCAUCACGAUCAACAAGCCGCACAUGCUUUGGAGAGUGCAGCAGCCUAUUCAAGCUAUCCAACGAUGGCCGGUCUUGAAGCUCAAGUGCAGGAAUCUUCAAAAGAUUUGUAUUGGUUUUAAAAGCACAUCACCACAAACAGCUGAAUGAAAAAAAAAGAAGAAAAAAAAUCAUCACCAAAGAUUUUUAAAUUAUUUUGAAAUGGACUUUAAAGAGAAAAUGGAAUGGUAACACAUUUAAAAAUGGAAAUAAAUGAUGUACGCGUAUGGUUUCAAAACAAACAGAUCGCAACAACCACACAACCAACACAUACACACACAACAACAACAAAAAAUCAUACAAACCGACAGAUACACAUAAACUUCCCAACAAAGUGACACACAGAUACGCAAUGAAAGUAUUACAUAUAAUAUUUUUUCAAGUUAAAUAAACGCUAAGGCUAUGGAAAGAAUGGUCAAAUGUCUCACACUGGGGCUGUCCGAUUUUGGUCCUCUCUGCGGCUUUCUUUCUGUGCAAUGCUUAAAAUUUUAGCAUUGACAUUUCAAUAUUAUGGCAAUGGACAGAGAGAUUCCCAAAGAAGACCAAAAUCCGACAGCUCUAUCUCACACUUGGAUCAUCAAAUCAGUUUAAAAAAAAACCAUCAUACAAUUAAAAUUAAUAUUAGAAUCAUGUACAAAUCCGAAAUCUAUCAGAAUCCAAAACAUAACAGAAAGUUAAAAUAAAAUUAAAAAAACGAAUUGGUAAUAAACAUUUGCAAAUGGGAUGGAAACAAUUAUGUGUAAAUGACAAUGGGGAAGAAUCGAAUUGUUUGAAUCAUGCAAAUUAUAUAUUAUGAAUAUUGAGUAGCUUUAAAAAGAAUUUUUGUUCAUUUUCAAUUUUAUGAAUUAGCUAUCUAUGUUUGAGUCUCAUUAUCAUCAUCUCCACCAAAGGUAAUUCCUUUGACAAUACGGUUUAAAACCAUUUCAAGAGAGAAAAUACAAUCUUCAUCAUAAAGUUCAACAUACCUUUUUGUUUCCAAAACAACCAUAGAACUGUAUAAACAUGUAAAAAAUAACGGUUUAUUCGUUGUUCGAAAUUGAAAUGAGUAUUGUUCAUUUAGUUUACAAAAAAGCAAAAUAUUAUCUUCAUUCACUUAACAAUUUAAUCCCUUCUUUUCUCUACUAUCGAUCAUUUUAACAUGUUCGAUUAUGAAACAAUUACAACAACAACAAAAAUGAAGAAGGUCAAUCAAUCAAUUGAAAUGAAGAUCGUGACGUGAAAAAUGUGUAUCAACAUACAUGUGGCUGCACAUAACAUCAAAAUGCACUAUGAUUGAAUAGACAAUCUUGAAAAUCGUUUAAAAUUAUCAUUUUAGCAAACGACGAAUAAUAGAAGAUGAAAAACUUGGGACUUAUUGGAGAAUGGAAAAGAGAAAAAAAGACACUUGAUUGAGAGAAGACGAAGAAAAAAAACUAGUAGGUUACAUAUAUAAAUAUUAAGCGCCAAUAAGUUUAGAUAUUCACGAUUUCUAAUUUUAAAACUAUUCAAAUUACGUAAAUGGUAAAUGACAAGAGAAAAAGUAUGCCCCUUAGCCUAUAGAUAAUUCUACAACAUAAUUCACAAUGAUACAAAUUAACUUAAACAACAAAAAAUAAUAAAUUUACAAAAAAAAACAACAACUACAGAUGACAACAACAAUAAUAAUUUUUGUGUAAAAAAACUGCUAUCUCGUGAAUGCAUGUGUGUGCGUGUGUGUGAAAGAGAGAAAGAACGCUAAAGCGAACGAAAGAAAGUGAAUGUAAAGAGUUAAGUUCAUUUACAAAUAAAAACAAAAAAAAAGAUGAAAAAUCGUGAGAGAAAAAAACUAAGUGUAAAGAGCGGUCAAUGAAGAGGUGUAAUCGGUUCAUUUUGUUGCUUGAGCGACGAUACACACAGAAUCCUUAGAUAAGUUGCAUAUAAAUUUUAGUCGUGCGAACUAUUGAUUGAAUUACUGAACGAAAUAUCGAAUUGAAAGUCAUUCAUUCGAACGCACAUACAGUUGUCUAAUUGUGUUUGAUGCUCGAUUUUGAAUAUAUUGUACUGCAAAUUGAUAAAGACUUUGUAUUAUGCUUUUGUUUUGCUCUCAUAUUUCUAUGCCACCACUUUAUAAUAAAAUAAUGUUUUAUUUUUUUGUUUGCUCUUCAUAAUUCGCUUACGUUCAUAGAAUGUUAUGGCAAUUUCGGAAGAGAAAGAAUUUUUGUUUUAGACAAAGUUGAUGCAUAGAUACAGGAGAAGAAAAAAAAGAGCAUAUUAUUUUCCAGAAGUUUGCAUCAGAAAAUUGAACAUGAUGACAUUUUAUAAAUACGAGGAAUUCAGUUAUUGACUUUCUUUUACCCUCUUCUCUGCCACCCCGCCCCCGUUUCCCGGUUUUCGUUUUGUGUAAAUGAAUGGCUUAGGCUAAGCAAAUAGAUUUAAACACAAAGCAUAAAACACACACCCAAUCAGAAGAGAAAAAUUAAAUUCAAAUAAAAUGCAGUCAAACUACAGCAAAAUCAAGCAACACAGACACACACAGCUCACAUAAGCAACAUAUUAUCCACUUUAAAUAUUAAACAACAACAAAAAAAAACAACUAUGUAAUGAUAAAUUUAGGAACAAGUAUUCAAAUAAAGUGAAUGAAAACAGUUUCGAAUAUGACAAUUA